GCCAAUUGUUGCCAAGCGCCUGCGAGGUGGAGCUUCUUUUUCUCGCCGCGACUCAUCCAAGUCAUCAGCCGGCCAGCAGCGCGCAAGCAACGGGCACUGAGGACGCGGCAGACCCCCUCGGAAGGAAGCCAACACGGGGAGCGUCAAGCAUAGGAUUCUUUGAUUAUUAUUAUUAUUCUUGAAUCAUUUCUGACCAUUUUUUGCGGGUGUCUUUUUUUGGCGACGAUGAGCAUAAAGAUGAACGCGCUCCAUCAUUAUCAUCACCUCCUCCUUCUCGCGGGGCUUUUUGCCGCCGCUGUGACGGCAAAGCCGGCCAGGCUGAAAUUCGUAGUGCACGAACCGUCUCGCUUCCACUUUGACAAGCCCGAGAAUUACAUCAGCAUGUAUCACCAAGAGGGCAGCGACACGCUCUACGUGGGCGGCCAGGCUGUCAUCUACGUCCUCACUUUCAGCAACAGAGGCGUACGUGACGUGCAGAUUCCGGCGCCGUCAGACCAGACAGCCAUCGACACCUGCAAGGCUAAGGCGGCGCCCCUCGAGCUGGAGUGCGACAACUUCAUCACGGUCAUUGAGAAAGUCAACGACACCUUCAUCGUGUGCGGGACAAAUGCUGGCAGUCCUCGCUGCUGGAUGCUGGUUAACGACACAGUGCUGACCGACAUCCAGGGUGUUGGGCAGAUUGCUUCGCCCGCCGACAUCUCCCCGCCGUACCCCUCGCAAAAGUCCAUCAGCCUGCCCGCAGAUGGGAGUCUGUAUUCAGCCAUGUCGGCGGUGGGCGGUCACGUCGGCUCCAUCCGCCGCACCUUUGGGCCCCAGAAGCUCCUAAAGACGGAGAACGUUUGGCUGCUGAACCCUCAGUUUGCUGGAGCCGCCAUCAUCCCGUCUACCCUCAAGUAUAAGGAGGAGAUCUAUUUCUUCUUCAGCGAGAUCAACAAGACCGCCCGAGUGGACGAGGAGCCAUACCGGGCCCGCAUCGGCCGUAUCUGCACGGUGGACGAGGGCGGGAUCAAGAACCUGCUGGCCGACUCGUGGACCACCUUCAUGAAGGCGCGGGUCAUGUGCGGUGCCGGAAACACUCAGCAGCAGUACAACAGCAUGAAGCAGGCAGUGGUUCUGACCGCAGAGGACAAACGGGCCGGUGUCAUGUAUGGCCUCUUUUCCAACGCCUGGGGCAGAACUGUGAUCUGCGCCUACUCCAUUGAAGACAUCGACCAGGCCUUCUCCACGUCCAAGCUGAAAGGCUACAGCAACUCCUUCAUUGGAAAUCGACCCGGGAUGUGCGGUCGAAAGAAUUCCUCGGCAGGAAAUGACCUCAAAAACCUGGGCGUGAUCCGAUACCACCCGGAAAUCGAGGACGUGAUCCGGCCGGUGGGCGUCGCCCCGCUGGACCUGCCGACGGACGACCAAAUCACACAUACUGUUGCGGACAUCGUCCUGGCUGUCAACGACGAGCACUACAGUGUCCUUUAUCUCGGAACAGAACAAGGAAAAGUGCUUAAAGUUCUUCACAGCAGCGAUGGGGUGUUUAUCAUCUCCCAGUAUUCCAUGUUUCGCAAUGAGGGGCCUGUCCUCAACAUGGCCAUCAACCCCCAAAAGGGUCACUUGUACGUUGCCACGGCGAUGGAGGUCCAACGGCUGCCGCUGGCCGACUGCGGUCGCUAUGGCGACACGUGCCGCGAGUGCAUCCUCUCCCGGGACCCGUAUUGCGGCUGGGACAAGGCAAGGAGGAGGUGCAUCGCCAUCCCGCCAGGAUAUAACGUCACGUCGGGGAUGCUCAUUCAGAAUCUGGACCAAUCCAACUCGUCGGUUUGCGGGGAGGCUGCUGCCCUCAAGCUGCGUCGCACCUCCCCCAGGCAAGUGUCGGUGCCGUCCAACACCUCCAUCUUCCUGCCCUGCCCGGUGCGUUCCUUCCACGCCACCUACCGCUGGGAAAAGGACAACUGUGUCAAGAACUACCCUUGCCUCUUCUCCGGCGACUUCUGCGUCUUGGGGCCGGCAGUGGACACGCCCCUGAGGGAAGGCGUCUUCCGCUGCAUGGCCACCGAGGACGGGUUCAAGGUGGAGGUCAUCUCGUUCAAGGUGGUCAGCCACGGCCGGCUGUUGGCCGCCUCGCUGGCCUCGACCAUGGGGCCGUCGCUGCUGCUCGCCAUGGCCGCCCUUUGGCUUCAUUAACCGCAGCUAGCGCUAACCACGUAUCCUUAAAUGACUCCCAGUUAGAGGAUAUGCGGGAGGUUUGGUUCACAAAGUAUACCGGCGUGAGGUAUCGCUUCAGAUUGUGGUUCUCAAACCGGGGAAUAAUUUGCAAUAAAUUACGGCAUAUUGUAUUUCAGGACGUACAUCCAUGUGGAAAUCAAUGUGUCACUAAAACAAACAACUAAUUACUCCUCCUUACCAUCGCUUUGGCCAAA